CAAAGACGCAAAAUGUUCGCCAACCUCGCCACCUUCAUCGCCACCACCCUCCCCCUCAUCACGGCCCUCAUGGCCCCUCUUCUCCCACUCUUCGGACCCAACGAUCGGCUCGGUAACAGUGUCGGUGUCUUUGCCGCCCCCCUUCCCAUGCCCAAGCCUGUUCCCGCUCCUAUGCCCCUGCCCACGCCCAUGCCCACGCCCACCCCUACGCCUACGGCCACGACGACGCACACGUCCAAGUCCGACCUCUCCUCCACGACUCACAGCUGGGGCGGCGGAGGCGGCGGCACUCCUCGACCCGUGAAUGACAAGUGCCUGGCCGUCGGCAAGAUCGAGGGCACUUCCGGUCAUGUGGCCAUCUUCAAGGAUCGCCGUCAGAUCGGCUACACGAGCCGUGACCCCUGCACCGGGCAGGCCGGACUGGACAUCCAGAGUGAGUAGCGCAAGAAGGUUCACGGACAGGGAGGAGCUUCCGAUGAUGAAAGCUUACCUUUCAUCCUUCUUGCCCGAUGAAAAGGCGAGCUAUCUUACACCUUCACCUGGGGCGCCCACUGUAAUCAGCGCGCUGGGUAUUUCCAGGACUGCUCUGGCGCCUAUCACUAUGAUCGUUCCAUUCAAGGCGAUAAUCCUCAAGGCACCCAGUGCACUGUCGAGUUCGACUGUUGAGCCAGCAGACUCCCCAUUUGAAGAAGAGCGCGGACGCUGCGGCGUCGCCUUCUUUACACCCCAGUCGGCAGAAGACACACAUGCCCUUGAAUAUGCUACGUAGCUGCUCUGGCUUGACUCGAAACACGAUACGACAGCGGCCGCGCAUACAAACACGCUUUGCGGUCCAAUCUGAUACGAUACGAUAGACACAUAGACGGGGCUGAGAGCUCUUCAGAACGAGUGUGCGACCCCCACUGUCUCAUCGUGCG